GUACCUGCUACACUUGAAGAUCUCUUGUUCUUGGGCCUGUCCCACGUGUUGUGAUCUGACAGUUCCACUCCACUGGCGCUACCAUAAGAGCACCUAAUUCGUUCAGCUGUGUCUGCUAGCAGGCCUUCGUCACAACAGCUUCGAAAAGAAGAAAUACAGCAAGUGCCGCAGCCCAGCCGAAGAUGUCUCAGAAGCUGACGACGGAGCAGGUGCUGGAGAGGGAGGAGAAGUACGGUGCCCACAACUACCACCCGCUGCCAGUCGCACUCUGCCGAGGCAAGGGUGUCUACAUGUGGGACGUGGAGGGCCACCGCUACUACGACUUCCUGAGCGCGUACUCCGCGGUGAACCAGGGCCACUGCCACCCCCGCAUCGUGGAGGCGCUCAAGCAGCAGGCGGACGUGCUGACGCUUACGUCGCGCGCCUUCCACUCGGAUGUGCUGGGCGAGUACGAGCAAUUCGCCACCAGCCUCUUUGGCUACGACAAGCUGCUGCCCAUGAACACUGGUGUGGAAGCUGGAGAGACGGCGUGUAAGCUGGCCCGCAAGUGGGGCUACAUGAAGAAGAAAAUCCCCGAGAACCAGGCGCGCAUCGUGUUCGUGGAGGGCAACUUUUGGGGCCGCACGCUGUCCGCCAUCUCCAGCUCCACGGACCCCUCCAGCUACGGUGGCUUCGGUCCCUUCAUGCCCGGUUUCUCCGUCAUCCCCUACAACGACCUCAAUGCGCUUGAGGAAGCUCUGAAGGACAGCAACGUGUGCGCCUUUAUGGUGGAGCCGAUACAAGGGGAGGCCGGGGUGGUGGUGCCCACAGAGGGCUACCUGAGGGGCGUCCGGGAGCUGUGCUCGCGCCACAACGUACUGUGGAUCGCCGACGAGGUGCAGACGGGCCUGGCGCGCACGGGCAAGAUGCUGGCCGUCGACCACGAGGGAGUCAAGCCGGACAUUCUGUGCUUAGGGAAGGCGCUCUCUGGCGGCGUUUACCCGGUGUCGGCAGUGCUGGCUAACGACGACGUGAUGCUGUGCAUAAAGCCUGGAGAGCACGGCUCCACCUAUGGUGGCAACCCUUUGGCGUGCCGUGUGGGCAUUGCUGCUUUGAAGGUGUUGCUGGAAGAAAAUCUCGCGGCAAAUGCAGAGAAAAUGGGAAAGCUUUUGCGUGACGAACUCUCGCAACUUCCCAAAGACGUUGUGUCGAUUGUGCGUGGAAAGGGUCUCCUGAAUGCCAUUGUCAUCAACAAAAAGUUCGAUGCGUGGGAAGUGUGCCUGAAACUAAAGGAGAAUGGACUGCUUGCCAAACCCACACAUGGAGACAUAAUCCGUUUCGCUCCUCCACUCGUCAUCACGGAGGAGGAAAUGCGUGAUUGCAUUAGGAUAAUAAAGGAGACUGUACUAUCAUUUGCGAAGAGUUAGCUGUAGGCACUUUGUCCUCUUGACAUUCAAGAGAUGGAUGAACACUACAAUAAAGAUAACUUGUGUGUGUAUUAUAAUCUUUGUCAAAAUAAAGUUUCUUGCUCUCUA